GUCAGGUUCUGCGCUCUGUCUCUGUUUCACAACAACCCAAUUGAUUCUACUCUUCAUGUCUACUUCCCUCUUGGACUCGAUGAAAUGCAAGAACCACUGCGGCAAGGCGGCAAGCUUGUAAAACGAAGGGCUGCGCCUUCUCCCUGUCGCGAACGACGAUAUUCGGCUCAAGAGACCCCAGCAAUAGCACCACUAGACACAAGCGUGGCAGGCACGUCUCCCUCGGCAAUGCCUCCCAACAAGAACUCGACGCCGGAUAAGGAGAAGAAAUCAAGAUGGCGCCUGUCGAACCCGUUUCACUCUAAAGACAAGGACCACAAAGACGGCGAACCUGACCCUGGGCCUGGAGACUCUGCCUACUUUAGCAGUGAGAACAUCAACAGCUCCAGAUCAGACCUCAACACCAGCGCAGACCCGAGUUUCGCGAGUACAGAAAGACGCAAUUCUCGCGGCGAACAACUGCGGCCUCAGGCUACAAGUCUUCAACCGCCAGCAACGAGUAUCACUCCUCCCACCCCGCCUACGCACACGAAUCUUGCGCCUCCUGCGCCUCCUUCGCAGACGGCACGCGAGUCCAGUCAGGAGAAUGUCCAUAGGGAGACUUACCAAGAUGAAAAGACUGGUAACGUGGUGACGACCACGACCACGACCACUACUACUACGACGACGACGACGGGGCCUGGCGGUUCUACAACCGUAGAGCAGCCUGUUAAUAGCAAUAGCGGUGGCAGCACCCCACCUCGAAGCAAUGUUACCAGUACCUCCGGACCGAGCCCACCGUCCCCAGCCCCACCGCAGCCGGCUCAGUAUCCUCCCCAUCAAGCCCCCAGCCACACGAAUCCGUCACCUCCUAUUCCAAACAAGAAUACUAUGCGCAAUAGGGUUGAGCUGGAUUCCGUGUCUCCUGGCAUUGAACACCCCAACCCUCUGGCGUCUCCUGAGAGCCCUUCAAGUCCCAACCGGCUCCACUUCUCCUAUCCUAAACGCGCGCCACCAGCUGGAGUACCUCGCCAAGUGCCCUCACAGCAGAACCUGAACCAACAACAAGGUGGACCGCAACCGCCGUACACCCCCUAUACACAGUCUGGGUAUGGCGAACCGAGCCACCCAGCGGCGCUCAUGCCAGGGCAGCAGCAGCCGCAACCUCAGCAAAAACCAUCUACGCUUGCGAACCUGAAGACUGCAGCCGCUGGCAUUCAUGGCGCUGGCGAAGCUCUUCGUGGCACACUCAAUAAUACCGUCGAUAAGCGCUUCUCCAACGCUAACUCCAACGUUCACGCCAAGAACCAGGCUACUAUAGACGCUGGCCGUUCAGAGGUGGAAUCUGGCCGCUUCUAUCACCAGCAACCGCCUCCAAAUCCGAAUCCUCAAGGCCUGAACCAGCAGCCCCGUCAGACUCAGAGCCUUCAGGGUAUAAACCAGCAGUCUGUUCCUAAUCCAAACCCUCAGAGCCUGAACCAACAGCUCCGUUCAACUCAAAGCGCCCAGGGUAUGAAUCAGCAGGCUCCCCCAAACACCACUCUUCAGGGUAUGAGCCGACAGCCCAUUCCGCACCCGAAUCCUUUGGCUAUGCAUCCGCAGCCUUCGAACCCUGCCCCCCAGAAUAUGAGCCAGCAACCCAAUGCAAAGCCACCAUACAGUGGUCCGCCAGUUCCUGGUUCGCAAGUUGAGGGACGAAGCGGCGGCAAAUUCAGCGGCAUCAUGAAGAAGAUGAAAGAAGGGCCCCUUGCUUCAGGAACAGCGGCCCAAAAGGGCGACGGGCUGAGAGUGGUGAACGAGUAGACCUUUCCUAUUGGCGUUUGCACAGGUGUUCAGUCGUAAUGUAGGAUCGAAAACGAAAACGAGGCGGCGCUUUGGAUACGAAUUUUAGUUCAGGAUGUGCACGGUAAUGAAUAUACAAAUCUAUGAUCAUUUCGCCCAGCCCAGCUUGAGAGGGCAAAUUGGAAAAACAAAAUAUGAGGCCUUGCGUGAAAGCGCGCUAGAGGAUAUUGGAGUGAAGAAGCGCACGGGCCAUGGUGAAGGUGAGGGUGAAAAGUGGCGGACUAUUGUAGCUGUAAUCUACGGUUUUCGCAACGCU